AUGGCGGCCUCUGGCGGCGCGUCUUCGAUCCAAGUGACAGUUCGAGUACGGCCGUUUACUAUUCGGGAGGCUGCACAGGUGUCAAAAUGCGAGGAUGGCAUGCUUUUCAUGGGCGAUGGGUCCCUGGCUGGCAAUUCAGCUCCAAAGCUACAACAAAAGGGCCUUCGAUCUAUCGUCAAGGUGGUCGAUGAUAAGUGCCUAGUAUUCGAUCCCCCUGAAGACAACCCCUUACAGCGAUUUUCUAGAUCGGUCAUUCCAAACAGAACCAAACGUGGCAAGGACCAGACAUUCAUGUUUGAUCGGGUCUUUGACGAGAAUACCAGUCAGGGGGAUGUGUAUGAGGCCUCCACAAAACAUCUGCUGGAUAGUGUGCUGGAAGGAUAUAAUGCUACAGUAUUUGCUUAUGGAGCCACAGGAUGUGGAAAGACGCACACAAUCACAGGAACCCCACAGCAGCCUGGGAUAAUCUUCUUGACGAUGCAAGAACUGUUUGAAAAGAUUGCAGAAAGGUCGGGAGAGAAAGUCACGGAGCUGUCAUUGAGUUACCUGGAGAUAUACAACGAAACCAUUCGCGACCUGCUUCUCCCCGGUGGAAGUAAACAGGGACUUAUGCUCCGAGAGGAUGCCAAUCAAACUGUAUCAGUUUCUGGCUUAUCGACUCAUCGCCCUCAGAAUGUACAGGAGGUGAUGGAUAUGAUCAUGAGAGGAAACGAAUACCGAACAAUGUCUCCUACAGAAGCAAAUGAAACGUCCUCUCGAUCGCAUGCUGUGCUCCAGAUAAACGUAGCGCAGAAGGAUCGGAACUCAGACCUCAACGAGCCCCAUACAAUGGCAACCUUGAGCAUCAUCGAUUUGGCAGGAAGUGAACGAGCAAGCGCUACUAAAAACCGCGGCGAAAGGCUAGUGGAGGGUGCCAAUAUCAACAAAUCCCUUCUUGCCCUGGGCAGCUGCAUCAAUGCCCUAUGCGAUCCACGGAAGCGCAACCAUGUUCCAUACCGCAACUCCAAACUAACUAGGUUGCUGAAGUUCUCUCUCGGAGGCAACUGUAAAACGGUUAUGAUUGUCUGCGUUAGUCCUUCAAGCCACCAUUUCGAUGAGACACAGAACACACUGCGAUAUGCCAACCGGGCCAAAAAUAUCCAAACGAAGGUCACAAGAAACGUCUACAAUGUUAACCGACACAUUAAGGACUUCCUUGUUAAGAUCGAUGAGCAAAUGGCUCUCAUCAAUGAACUAAAACAACAGCAAAAGGAAUAUGAGUCUGUUGCCUUUGCCAAAUUCAAGAAGCAGAACGAAAAGAAAGAGUCUGUGUUACGUGAGUCGUUUGCACGUCUUCGCGGCGCGUACGAGCAUGCCUUGCCCGAGAGGCAGGAGAAAAUCGAUUGCAUGGUACGACUCAAACAAGUCAGUCGACGGAUGUCAAUGCUCUCUGCAUGGAUUGCCGCAUUUGACAAUGUGUGCGCAGCCCGUGGGCAGGAUGAUACCAUGUAUAAUCUCCAGGCAGUUCGCAAGUCUGCUCAAGGAGUACUUUUUGAAUUGGAAGGCAGUCGCCAGCACUACCAUCAAAGAAUUGGAAAAUCCUCUUGGGAGAGAGCCUUGGAUUCUGCUCUAGAAGUCGGUAUAAAACAGCUCCGCGAGUUGGAUACUUGUGAUCAUACGGAUAUAGAAAAUCUCAAACGGGAGGCCCAGCUGUUGAAAGCUAAUGCGCAGUCUGAGGCUUUGACUGCCGUUUCAGACUUACUGAAGAUGAAGCUAUUGAAACCCGGGAGGAAAAUUCUGGGAAAACUCCUGGAAUCUUGCUGUUCCAGCACAUCUAACGUUGUUAAACCAAAUGGAAGCAGCCCCGUUAAAGCAGAAGCAUUUCCACCUACCAAGGCGGGAACCCCGAAGAGACGGAAGAGAGUGAGCCUGAUCGGCCGUGCUUCACUCUCGAAACCCCUUGUUCCCCCGGUCACCAUAACUCCUCCCGUUAACCAGACACCGAUGAAAGGCUCUCCUCGAAGGAGGAAAGGACCUGGGCUCAGGAAGAGUAUUUACUUUACGCCCAAGAAGCCGGCAAAGCCUGGAAAGAGAAACGUCCGAUGGAAAGACGACACCGAGGACGGCCCUCUCGCUGAAUUCUCGAAAACUCCGCAAAAAGCUGCUCCUUCAUCACCACAACCACCAUCCGGGUCACCUUCGUCUCUACCGGUCCCGACAAUGGGAUCUUCUAUUCCUCUACGGUCUGGCUCGAGGGAAUCCUCUCCAAUACCAACUCCACCAUCUAUACCAAGUACGUAUUCCAAAAACUCGAGAUUCCAGGCUGGUUUUUUGUCUAAGAAAGCCAAUGAGGGCUCCCCCGGUCCCGCACCCGCGCCUCCUAGCUUAGCCAGACUCUCCUUAUCGGACACGGAACCGCCUACUCCCCUACGCCAAAUUAGCAACAGCAGCGCUCUGAAUCGGAGGUCUCUCGACCGUGAAUCUGACAACCAUUCCUCUGACCGCGAAGUUGAGCCCCUCAAAAUCGACAAGAUGGACGCUGUUAAAAUCGGCUCAGCCAUGCGACGUAUCUCUAGCGUUGGCUCUGGGCCUGGCGGAUCCGCCAAUCGGCCUCGUCACCGUAGCCCAAGCCUUUCAUCAAACAGCCCACCGAAUGAGAAUGCCAUGUUCACUGCCUCCCAGGCCCGGAGAAUGGUGAAAAGCGAAAAGGACCAAGAAGGGAAAUACGGCGUCUUAGGCCCGAGGACGUUUCCGGUCACAAAAUCAGGCAGUCAACGACGAGUUACUUCCAUCGAUCUAAAAGUGAGAGACGUGAGCAAUUCGAGCAGAGACGGCAUUAGAUUUAGCACUCCCACUAUGUCUUCUGGUGGCCAGCAUCGACCAAACUUCCAGGGGUCAGCGGCCAAUGCUUGUCGUUGA